GUAGGUGAAAGUUCUGUGGUAAAUGAUGAGACUGAAAUCACCUGUCAGCACUGAUGGAAACUUUUAGCUUCUAACCGCCUUCAGCACCGCGACUUAGAUCAGUACUGACUGGACCGUAAUGGGAAAAUGGCAGUUAACAAUGGACCCGGUGCAGGAGUGGGGCGAGGAGGUGCAGGAUGGCGUGGUGUACGGCGUGACCCUGCACAGGGAACCUGCUCCUCUCUCUGAGGCGGCGUGCUCCUCCGUUAGCUGUGUGCAGUACAGGACGCUGAAGGUACGGAGGGUGAAGGCGGCCGCGCUGGAGCGACUGGUCUCAGAACUGGUGGAUCCCCAGUGUGACGAGCCCGAUUACGCCCGGAUCUUCCUGUCCACCCACAAAGCCUUCACCUGCACCAAGACCCUGAUCGAGCUGCUCUUUCAGAGGGAAGACAAAUUUACAAACGUAGACAACAGCACGCGUGAGAAAAGGAGUUCUCUCCUCGAUUUGGUGAGGCUGUGGUUGGAGGAGUUCGGCGAGGACUUCAGAGACUCUCCUCACCAUCCCUCACUCGGUCAGCUCCAUCGGCAUCUGCGCCAUCGGCUCUGCUACAGACGCCUCGCUCAGCACGCACAGAGUCUCUUACACACCUUUCAGGAGGAAGACACGCGAGUUAAGACUGAGGGGUCAAAGGUCGCCGGAGUUCCGGUAGAGGCUGAGGGCGGCCAGGAGGAAACGGCGAGUCUGCUGAGCUUCUCCGCCCGCGACAUCGCCGAGGAGCUCACGCGACUGGACGCCGCUCUGUUCGUGCGCGUGGUUCCGUUCCACUGUCUGGGCUGCGUCUGGUCUCAGAGGGAUAAGAAGGAGAAUCGGAGCCUGGCGCCCGGCGUGCGCGCCACCAUCGCCCAGUUCAACUCCGUCACCAACCGGGUCAUCACCUCGCUGCUGUGCCCGACCCCCACGCCCGCCGCCUCUGGCUCAGACUCGCCCAAACCACCCCCAUCACCCAAAGCUCAGAGGUCACCCAGGUCACCCAGACUGCAGUCCCAGCUCCACGCUCAGCUGGCCAGCUGUGCCCAGCGUGCCCGUAUCAUCGAGAGAUGGAUCUCUGUAGCUCAGGAGUGCCAUCAGCUGAGAAACUUCUCCUCUCUACGUGCCAUCCUGUCUGCUCUACAGUCCAACUCUGUGUACCGCCUCAAAAAGACCUGGACUGUGGUCAGCAGGGAGAGUGUGACCACGUUCGAUCAGCUGUGUGAGAACUUCCCUGAUGAGAACUGUGUACUGACCAACAAAGAGAUCCUGGAGGACGGGAACCAGCAGAGCGAGGAGGAGCAGUCUACUGCCGUCAAAUCCCCCAAAAACAGCCCCACUCCCAAAAGCACGAGCUGCAGCGGGGCGGAAGUACCGUACCUGGGGACGUACCUGACCGUCCUGACUAUGUUGGACACGGCGUUACCCGACACUCUAGAGGGAGGACUGAUUAACUUUGAGAAGCGCAGGAGAGAGUUCGAGGUUCUGGCUCAGAUUCGGCAGCUGCAGGCGUCGUGCUCGCUCUACUCCGUACCGCCCCGCCCCUGCGUCUCCGCCCUGCUCUGCGGCUGCACCGCUCUCUCAGACCAGCAGAGUCAUGAUUUAUCCAGAGAGCUGGAGCCCCCGAUCGAUACCUGUCCUGGGUCACCGGGCUGGAGCCAACGCCUCAUCACCAAAAAACUGGGCUCGUUGUUGAGCAGCACCGAGAGCUCCGGGAAGAAAACCUCCUCAGAUCAGAUCAGUGUUUCCUCCUCAGGAUCCAGCAGCUCCGAACUGGAGGAACUUUCCUCUCCCAUCAGGCCAAAAUCACAGUCUGGAUCGGGCGUGAUCACCUCACCAGACUCGUCUGGCUCGAGUCCCGUCUCACACAGCUCCUCUCAGUCUGAUCUCUCGGGUCUGAGCUCCGACGGAUCGUCUCCUUCAUCCUCAUCCUCGUCCUCGUCCUCUCCAUCACCCGCCAGCUGUAAGCUGAGCGCUGAUAGCUGCAUCAUCAGGGUCAGUAUGGAGCUGGACAGUGGGAACCUCUACAAGAGCAUCCUGAUUACCAGUCAGGAUAAAACCAGUCAGGUGAUACAGAGAGCUCUGGAUAAACACAACAUGGAGAACACGAGCUGCAACGACUUCAAUCUGGUCCAGAUCCUCCCCAGUGAUAAAGAACUGGCGCUGCCCGAUAAAUCCAACGUUUUCUACGCCAUGUGUCCCGCCAACAACGAGUUUGUGCUACGCCGGCGCUGGAGGAGCCACGCCCCGUGCCCCAGCCCCGCCAGUCUGCACAGGGGCGGUCACACCAAGUAACGGCACCACCUGCUGGCCUGGAUCUGCAUGUAUCAGCAUGCAGGGCUCCGUCCCAGACCAUGAAUUAGACUCGGUGUACUGAAACUCAGCCUCCCUCCCCUCUCCCUAAAGAGCUCUUACAGCUGAUGGGCGUGUACAGAUCUACAAACGCGCCAAGUUUUAUUGGUCGUUAGUGAUGUUAGUGAUGUCAUCAGGGUGGCGCAGCGGGCACGUGCCCAAACGAGACGAUUUUAUACCCAAUUCGGUCCCACGUUGAACAUUAAAGCUGCAGUAUGUGAUCCUGAGCAGUUUAAGAAGCAGGUUAAGCUCAUAAGGUCAGACCAUGAUUGUGAAAGAUCAGCUCCAAAUGCGACGACUCGCUCUCCACGGUCAGCAGUUGUGUUCCAAAAGCUUUGCCUUUAAAUCAAACCCAAUUCAUCUCAGACAGAGCUGUUCCUGCUCUGUGUUGGCAUGAUGGCACAGCUGGUGAAGUGGCAUCCAAUCAGUGUCUGAGAUUAGAUCGGUCGCUUUAAAUCGAUCGAAGGUGCGACCGUCACCCUGUGAUACACUGGGAGUGUUUCUGGGUACCACCGGACUCUCCACGACCCUGACCAGGAGCAAAUUGAUACCAAAGACAAAUGAAUGAACUCCGCCCUGUUAGGGGUCGACACCUGCUUCCUCUGAGACGUGUACCAUCACUUAUAUUCCCAUCACAGUUGAGAAAUGUGAUUGUGGUGGGCGUGGCCUGUGUGCUGAAGGUUCCUGUGGGGAACUGGAACUCCAGUGUGAUUCCAGUAGUGACGUUGUGAGUGUCUCUGUAUUUCUGACCGUGUUUAUCACUGAGCUGGUAUAAAGUUACGUACUGCAGCUUUAAAGCUCCGCUCUGUAGCCGCGCCGCUCCUGCUGAAGGAUUUAAAGCUUCUGUAUGUGAUCUGUACAGCCUGUUCGGCCGUGUACACUAGUGUAGAUGUAAAUAGUACAGAUAUUUAUUAGAGUAACUGUUGUAUAAUAAUAAUAUUGCAUAAUGCAGUGAUUUAUUUACUUUAAUAAAGCUUUUAUUUAUUUUAUUCUGUGUAGAAACACAGACUCUCUAACGGCAUUUAAAACUAAUAUGAAUAAAAUUUUCCUUUAAAACGUCAUCAGCAUGAUUUGCUUAAUUUCUUUUUAUAGUGGAAUUAAAAAUCCUGGUUUCUGAUUGGCGGCUGAUUUUCUUUCUUCAUUCUGACGUUUGAUGUGGGGGAGUGUGUGUAUCAUUAUGUUUUAAUACAGAUACAGUUUAUUGUUUUUAUUAAACAGAUUAAAUGAA